CGGUCAUCACGCCAUCGCUAGCUCGCGUCGCGUCUCGGUUGUCCUCGGCGGCAGACGUGUCCGCGGUGCGUGCCAUCCUAACGCCGCUACACAAAUUCAAUUUAUUUUAAUUAUUUCCAAAUAAUUCAGUGUUAGUGCACUCCGACGACGUUAAUGGGAAAUCAAAUUAGAUAGAAAAAGGAAACAUAAUGACGCGGUUCAAGACAAUAUUGGUGACUGGGGGCGCGGGGUACAUCGGAAGUCACUGCGUGGUGGACCUCCUCGAAGCCGGGUAUGAAGUGGUCGCGAUAGACAACUUCGCAAACGCGGUAGGCGACGACCAAGGUUCCCCUGCGUUGCAGCGAGCUGAACAGAUUACUGGCAAGACCAUCACCUUCUACAAAGCCGAUCUACUGGACAAACCGCAAAUAAAUGACAUCUUCGACAAGCAUGAAGUGGACUGUGUCAUACACUUCGCGGCUUUGAAAGCAGUCGGGGAGUCAAUGCAGCAGCCACUUCUCUACUAUCAGAACAAUCUAUUGGGAAUGCUUAACUUAUUAGAGGUGAUGAGGUCUCACAACUGUUUUCAAAUGGUGUUCUCAUCAUCUUGCACGGUGUAUGGGGAGCCGGAGCAUCUGCCUAUCACCGAGACACAUCCCACGGGGAAGAUCACCAACGUGUACGGCAGGACAAAGUACUUCAUCGAGGAGAUGCUUAAAGAUCUUAGCGCUGCUGAAAAGAGAUGGAACAUUAUAUCACUGAGGUACUUCAACCCGGUGGGGGCGCAUCCCUCAGGGCUCAUCGGCGAGGACCCCACCAAGGAGUUCACAAACCUCAUGCCCUUCAUGGCCCAAGUGGCUUUAGGCAAGAAACCCGUACUCACUGUGUUCGGCAACGAUUAUAAUACACCCGAUGGCACUGGUAUCCGUGACUACAUUCACGUGAUGGAUUUAGCCAACGGUCACGUCGCUGCAUUGAAGUUAUUGAAUGAUAAUCAAGUUGGUUUAAAGGUAUACAACUUAGGGACAGGUAAGGGUGUAUCAGUGAAGGAACUAGUGGACGUGUUCGAGCGAGUGACGGAUACCAAAAUCCCCCUACAGUAUGUGUCGCGGCGACUCGGCGACAUCACCGCAAUGUGGGCGGACGCCACGCUCGCCAGGGAUGAGCUCGGCUGGACCACAAAGUAUACUAUUGAAGAGAUGUGCACCGAUUUCUGGCGAUGGCAGACAAUGAACCCGGAUGGAUAUCCCAAAAAUACGAAAACUACUGUCAUCAUUUCCAAUGGAAACAGCUAAAAUUAAUAUUUAAAUAA